AUGGCGCUGUUUCUUCAGUCUAACCUGACCGCAGAGGAUCGAUGAGGAGAAGAGAGAAGAGCCCCGGGUCCACACAUCACUGGAUGCGGCUGCGGUAUGUGGACAACAGACACACCUGAGACGUUUGCGGGUGCUUCAUGCUGACCGGUCCGGGUUCUGACUGGAGCGCAUGACCCGCCGCGAUGGCCGGGGGACGAAGAGGACUCGUGGCUCCACAAAACACUUUUUUGGAGAAUAUUGUCCGCCGGUCUAACGUUUGGACAUUAUCACAUAGACACACAGAUACAAACUUUGUGCUGGGGAACGCUCAGAUCGUAGACUGGCCCAUCGUCUACAGCAACGAUGGCUUUUGUAAGCUGUCCGGGUACCAUCGCGCAGAGGUCAUGCAGAAAAGCAGCACUUGCAGCUUUAUGUACGGAGAGCUCACAGACAAAGACACGUGUGAGAAAGUACGGCUGACUUUCGAGAACUAUGAGAUGAACUCGUUCGAGAUCUUGAUGUACAAGAAAAACCGAACACCGGUAUGGUUUUUUGUAAAAAUUGCACCUAUACGGAACGAACAAGAGAAAGUUGUCCUUUUCCUGUGUACGUUUAGUGACAUCACAGCAUUCAAACAGCCAAUCGAGGACGACUCUUCAAAAGGUUGGGGAAAGUUUGCACGUUUGACCAGGGCUCUUACAAGCAGUAGAGGGGUCAUACAGCAACUCCAGCCCACCGUACACAAGGGAGAAAAUGUGCAUAAACACUCACGCCUUGCAGAGGUUCUUCAGCUGGGUUCGGAUAUCCUUCCUCAGUACAAACAAGAGACGCCCAAGACUCCCCCUCAUAUCAUUCUGCACUAUUGUGCCUUUAAGACGACCUGGGAUUGGGUCAUUCUUAUUCUCACUUUUUACACGGCCAUAAUGGUUCCUUACAACGUCUCAUUCAAGACGAAGCAGAACAACGUCACCUGGCUGGUUGUGGAUAGCAUUGUGGAUGUGAUCUUUCUUGUUGACAUUGUGCUGAAUUUUCACACGACUUUCGUGGGACCGGCCGGCGAAGUGAUAUCAGACCCCAAACUCAUUCGCAUGAACUACUUGAAAACCUGGUUUGUGAUCGACCUGUUGUCCUGUUUGCCUUAUGAUGUCAUCAACGCCUUUGAGAACGUGGAUGAGGGUAUCAGCAGUUUAUUUAGUUCACUGAAGGUGGUCCGACUGUUGCGUCUGGGCCGGGUGGCUCGUAAACUAGAUCACUACAUUGAAUAUGGAGCGGCUGUCUUGGUUCUCCUGGUUUGUGUGUUCGGACUGGCCGCCCAUUGGCUGGCCUGCAUAUGGUACAGCAUUGGAGACUAUGAGGUCAUCGAUGAGGAUAAUAACAAGGUACGAAAGGACAGUUGGCUUUAUAUGCUGGGCGAGAGCGUCGGGUCGCCCUACCGGUUUAACACCACCGGGACAGGAAGAUGGGAAGGUGGACCCACCAAGAAUUCGGUCUACAUCACGUCUCUAUACUUCACCAUGACCAGUCUGACCAGUAUCGGCUUUGGAAACAUUGCUCCCACCACAGAUGGAGAGAAGAUCUUCGCAGUGGCCAUGAUGAUGAUUGGGUCUCUCCUUUACGCCACCAUCUUCGGUAAUGUGACGACUAUUUUCCAGCAGAUGUACGCCAACACUAACCGUUACCAUGAGAUGCUCAACAGCGUGCGGGAUUUCCUGAAGCUCUACCAGGUGCCCAAAGGACUGAGCGAGAGGGUUAUGGAUUACAUCGCCUCCACCUGGUCUAUGUCCCACGGGAUCGAUACUGAAAAGGUUUUGCAGAUUUGUCCGAAAGACAUGCGCGCCGAUAUCUGCGUUCACCUGAACAGGAAGGUUUUCAAGGAGCAUCCUGCUUUCCGAUUGGCCAGUGACGGCUGUUUGCGAGCUUUGGCCAUGGAGUUCCAGACGAUCCACUGCGCUCCGGGCGAUCUUAUCUAUCAUGCGGGCGAGAGUGUGGACAGCCUCUGUUUUGUGGUGUCAGGGUCACUGGAGGUCAUACAAGACGACGAGGUGGUCGCCAUUUUGGGUAAAGGCGAUGUGUUCGGGGAUGUGUUCUGGAAGGAGGUGACGCUAGCACAAGCAUGCGCUAACGUCAGAGCUCUAACGUACUGCGACCUGCACGUGAUCAAGCGGGACGCGCUUCAGAAAGUUCUGGAGUUUUACACCCCCUUCUCCAAUCACUUCUCCAGAAACCUGUUGCUUACGUACAACCUGCGCAAACGGCUUGUGUUCAGAAAGAUCAGUGAUGUGAAGCGUGAGGAAGAGGAGAGAUUGAGGAGGAAGAACGAAGCCCCGCUGAAUCUCCCGCCCGAUCAUCCCGUCCGCCGUCUGUUCCAGCGUUUCCGCCAGCAGAAAGAAGCCCGACUCGCCGCGGGGCAAUCCAAUCCCAACGACCCUGAUCUCGAGAAGGGUCACAUUCACAACGAGGUCAUCAGUCAAGAUGUCGUCGCCACCACGAGCAUCGUCACGGUAACGGAAAGCCCAGCCACGCCCAUCCCCUCACACCCGAGCAAAAACCACACCUUGUGUCUGUUCGACCAGGCGAAGCUAAGCGCCCCCGCCCCAACGGCCCCUCGGUCGUCCGAGCCGCGCGCACGGGGUUGGGCCAGGUUCAGGGAGAGCGUGGCUAAGCCGGAAGGCUGGGGAAACGUUCCCAAAGCGGAAUCUAUGGAGACGCUUCCCGAGCGGAGCGGUUCCAGCAAGUCGGAGCCUAGCGGACUGAAAAAGACGGACUCGUGCGAUAGCGGCAUCACCAAAAGUGACCUACGGCUGGAUGAGGGCGGAGCUCGGACGCCUGGCGACCACAGCCCGAUCCAGCCGGAUGGGAAAGCUCCCCCAAUCCCGACUAUUCCCGAACAUACGCUUCACGCCUCGCUCCUCGAACUACGCAGUGAACUCAAAGAGGAGCUGACGGCCCUCGGGAACCGUAUGGUUGCCUUGGAGACGCAGGUCGCAGAGGUGUUGAGGUUGCUGAGGAGCAGAAAGACUUCAAGCUCUCCCGUCUCGCUCUUUCAGAUAUCGCGACCGACAUCACCAGAUACGGACAAGGAGGACAUCUUUCCUUGAAGAUAUACUCUUCUCAAAAAGCAGAAGGAAUGUGUUUCUGUAAGAGACACAUCCGUGCCAGCAUGACAUGUGUGUGAGAUAACGUCGUGUAUAGGAGAGGAAGAUGUCUUAUCCCAAGGCAUCUGCGAUACCAAAGUGGUGCUGUGUAAGCCGUCACGCAGCCACACUUUGUGUUGAUCUGCUCCCUGUUUUAGUCCUGAGGGGCUGACAGACAGAGACUUCUUGCCUCGGGGCCGACUCUGACUGAAGGUUGUCAUGGCGACGCACCGUCCCCAAAUGCAACUGCGGGCCCUUCAACAUCCCACUUAUGUAGCAAGUCUUCCUCUUUUUCUCUCCGUCUGUCUCUCUCAUACACACACGUCACGCUCCUGUCUCCGCUCUGCAUAUUUUAGACUGAGCAGACCAGUCUUUCUGGUAUUGAGAUCCAUUCUGCACCAUCCUCACAGAGCUUUGCAUCUUGCCCGAAUGUGUGGCGAUGCGGGCAGGUAUGGAUCUGAGCUGCUAGCCGAAAGAAUGGAGGAUCAGUCUGAAGAUGCAGAGUGUCCCGGGAAACGAAGAUUCCAGAGAUCUGAAUUCCCAGGUAGCUUCCAGGGAAUCAGUUUAAAUAAAUGUGUUUGUACAAUGACAAAUCAAAUACCAUCCCCAGAGUUGUACACUUGAAGGUUUUCGCAGACACUAAUGAGAUCUACAGGGGUUUUGAGGCGUAUUAUCAAAUCACUGUUAUGGACCCUGUACGUGAGGUAUGUCAGGGCUUCGACGUACCUCACAACGCACAGCUAUCAUCAGAGGUCAGCAACCAAUAGGGUCAAAGGUGAAAUACAACUGUAGCUUGAUGCUUGGCUCUUUUAGGUGCACUGCAUUGAGGAACGCUCUUGACCUGCGGGCUGACGCGUCUAUAAUGAAUAUCUUCAAACAGUAAGCAUCACUUACGAGUUUACUAGAGACUUUUGGGGUCGCAGUGGCCAAGUUUUAUAACAGAGAGGAAAGAAUAUAUUAAUGGUGGUGUUGUUGCUUUAUCGAUGAUUGGGUCUUCCAGAAAACGCACAAACGUAAUGUCAUGGGCGCACUAUUGCUAUUACUGUAGCUUUGAUUUCUUAAAUGAAAUCAUGAACACAUCAUCAAUGGUUAAAAUGAUCACAGUACGUAUAACGCACAGCUACGUGCAAUUCUUCUCAUUACUGCACACAUGGAAAUACAUACAAAAUCUCAGGAAUGCUCAAGUCUGAUUGGUUGGAGGAAGUGAUGGUCACUAACCCCAGUCUCCACCAAAAUGAAUACAUAUAUACAUGUUAUCUUAUAGAUUGUAUGAAUGUGAGCUCAAAACUUCAUUUUGUGCUGAUUGUAAAUGAUGGGCUGCAGAAAGACAAACAGAAACAGAUGGAGAGUCGUGAGCAUUAACAUAUUGUGUGAAAUGGAAAUGUGUUAGAUGAGUGGUUAAGCUCUGUUGUGUGAUGUUCUCAGGUUAGAAAGGUCAUUAUCAGGUCCACAGGAGAUGUGCUGAGGUUAGUAUCAUCACACUGUCAUCUGAGAACACAACACCAACACGAGCACAGGGAGAUACCUGAAAAAACCACUCGCAUGAAUGUCAAAACUAUAGCUUUCAAAGUCAUAUCAAAUUAAAUAUAUAUGUAUGACAAAAUAAAGAAAGAAAGAGAGAGAGACAGAAAAAGAGAGAAAAAACAGAGAGAAUGAAAGAGAGACAAAAAAGAAAGAAAGAAGGAAUUAGAGAAAGAAAUUAAGACAGAGAGAAAGAAAGAAAGAAAGAAUGAA